AUCACAAGCGCUUAAACCCCGCCCUCCCGGUGACGUCAACAGCCUUGCCUCAACACCCUCCCCUCCACUUUAGUGGAAACCGACAAAGGAGUGUAACUGGCGUACCUGGAGCCGUAAAGGAAAGAGGGUGUUAUACGUCUACCGAUGUAUGGACUUACAUAUUCAGUAUGGAUGACUGAUAGUGGAUAAAAAAAAAACGACAGAAAUGGCUGCCCACAGAAUACGAGCCACAAAUCAUAAUGGGCUCCCACGCUGUAAAUCAGAAGGAACUCUCAUUGACCUGACCAGUGAACUAUCAGAGCCAAGCUUCAGUGAUGUAAAAGUGCCUUCCCCAAGUGCCUUAAGAUUGGACAACUCCUCUUCCUUUGGAAAUGCAAGAGAGGUCAUUGCCAUAAAGGAUUAUUGCCCCACUAGCUUCACCACUUUGAAGUUUUGCAAGGGAGACCAUCUGUAUGUUUUGGACACAUCAGGAGGAGAAUGGUGGUAUGCCCACAAUAACACUGAAAUGGGCUAUAUCCCGUCAGCAUAUGUGCAGCCAGUUGGUCAUAGAAAUUCUUUUCUCAGUGACAGUGGAAUGUUUGACAAUCUUACAGACAGUGCAGAUGAAGGUGCCAAGGAACUGGACCACCUUGGAGAGUGGACAGAUGUUCUUGGAAAGCACACUAAGCAGACUCAUCAAAAUAAUCCUUUUUUGAGCCAAUCUUCUACAAAUCCCUUUCUUAGCAGCACAGUUCAGAAUCCACUCAGUCAAAACAACAUUGAUAAAACCAUGAGGAAUACUGUUGAUCUGCUUCUUUUUGACACACCAUGCCAUACAACCACUAGCUUCUCAACAAUUGACAGUAAUGACACUUUUGGUAACAUUACUUCUAGUCCCAAACUAGAUGUGAACCAAAGGUGGGACAAUCCUUUCUUCAGGAGUAAACGUUCGUACAGCUUAUCUGAGCUUUCUAUUCUGCAGGCUCAGUCUAAUGCUCCAAUGGGUGGGUUCUUCUCUGGAUUAAAGUCCCCAUCACCUGAGCAGUUUCAAAGUAGGGAAGACUUCCGGACAGCAUGGCUAAAUCAUAGAAAAUUAGCCAGAUCAUGCCAUGACUUAGAUUCCCUUGGACAAAACCCUGGGUGGGGACAGACACAACCAGUGGAAACAAACAUAGUGUGUAAGUUGGAUAGCUGUGGUGGGGCAGUCCAGCUCCCAGACACGAACAUUAGCAUUCAUGUCCCAGAGGGCCAUGUUGCGCCCGGAGACUGUCAACAGAUUUCCAUGAAAGCUCUUUUAGACCCACCCUUGGAACUUAGUGGUGAUAAAUGUUCCACAGUAAGCCCAGUCGUGGAGAUUAAACUGAGUAACAUGGAGGUGAAGACAUUCAUAACUCUUGAAAUGAAAGUGUCUGUAGAAGUGAAAAAGGACAGUAGAAAUGUAGCUGAGGUUGUUUGUGUUAAGAGUGAUUGUAAAGAAGGCCCUUAUUCUCCUGUACCUCAAGUCUACAUGUAUGGUGAUACAGUGCAAGUUCAGCUUGACAAUCUUGAACCGUGUAUGUAUAUUGCAGUUGUAGUUCAGGCACAGAAUGUAACCUAUCCUUUCACAGUUUGGGAUCAUGUUGUGAAGAAAAUGACUCUUGGUGUUUAUGGUCCAAAACAUAUUCAUCCAUCCUUUAAAACGGUAGUCGCCAUUUUUGGUCAUGACUGUGCCCCUAAAACUUUGUUGGUUACUGAAGCUGGUAAACAGGCACACAAUGCUCCACCAGUUGCCUUGCAGCUUUGGGGUAAGCACCAAUUUGUACUUGGAAAGCCACAAGAUUUGAGAAUUGGAAUGUACUCCAACAUGUCUAACUUUGAGGUAAAGGUGAGUGAACAGGCCAAGGUUGUACGAGGAUUUCAGGUGAAGCUUGGGAAAGUGAGUCGGCUCAUUUACAGCAUUACCUCCCGCAAUGCAGAGGAUAUCUCUGAUUUUACUCUUCGGGUUCAGGUAAAGGAUGACCUUGAUGGGAUCCUUGCUCAGUUCUGUGUGCAGACACCACAGCCACCUCCUAAAACGGGAAUGAAGAUAGCAGGCCAAAGGCGGUUUCUGAAAAGAAAGGAAGUAGGGAAGAUUAUAUUGUCUCCUUUGGCAGUAACCACAAAAUAUCCCAUAUUUCAAGAUCGGUGCAUCGGUAGCUUGAAAUAUGGUAAACUCCUCAAAACAGUUGUAAGGCAAAAUAAGAAUCAAUAUCUCUUGGAAUACAAGAAAGCAGAUGUUGUUGCUCUGUUGAGUGAGGAAAAAAUAAAAUUGAAAGGACAGCUGUGGACCAAAGAAUGGUACAUUGGGUAUUAUCAAGGUAAAAUUGGACUUGUGCACGCCAAAAAUGUGCUGGUGGUUGGCAAAAUUAAGCCUAGUUUUUUCAGCGGACCUGACCUUACUACACUUUUGCUGUUGGAACAGAUUCUGAAGCCCUGCAAGUUUUUGACAUAUAUUUAUGCCUCUGUACGAACGCUGCUAAUGGAGAACAUUGGAAGUUGGAGGUGUUUUGCUGAUGCUCUGGACUACACAAAUUUACCACUAUCAUAUUUUUGCCGGACAGAUUUGGACAGUGAACCGGAAAGAGUAGCUUCUGUUCUGGAGAAGCUGAAAGAGGACUGCAAUAAUGUUGACAACAAAGUGAAGAAAUCCUUUCAGAAGGAACUAAUGACAGCCUUGCUAAAGAUGGAUUGCCAAGGUCUGGUGGUCAGACUCAUCCAGGACUUUGUCUUGCUCACCACAGCUGUAGAGGUUGCUGGGCGAUGGCGGGAACUGGCAGAUAAAUUGGCAAAGGUCUCCAAACAUCAGAUGGAAGCAUAUGAAGCGCCUCACAGAGACAAGAAUGGAGUGCUGGAUAAUGAGGCGAUGUGGAAGCCUGCAUACGAUUUCCUGCUCACCUGGAGUGCUCAGAUGGGCGAAAGCUAUCGUGAUGUGAUCCAAGAGUUACACAUGGGCCUGGACAAGAUGAAGAACCCCAUCACAAAGCGCUGGAAACACUUAACUGGAACCCUGAUACUUGUCAAUUCACUCGACACUCUGAGGGCCUCCGCCUUCAGCCCCACAUCUCAGGAUGACUUCGCUAUUUAAAUGUGUCGGUUCCAUUCUUUAGAUUUUGACAGCACUAUCCGGUCUUCUCAGAGCCAAAAGCCUUGAUUGUCGAUUCUUAAAAACAUGACUCACGUUAUUGGUAUUGGAUUUACAUUUUUUUAGAUGCAUUGUAUUUAAAAUCAAUGACCUCAACCUGAUACAAAUUUAAAAGAUGAAAAUUAUAGAGUAGCGGAAUUACCACUGAGAUUUAUAAUUUUAUAUAGAGUAUAAAAGGCACACCCAGUGCAUGUAAAGAGAGGUAUUUUUACUAAUUUCUGCAGUUAGCUGUUUAACCAAAAUUUUUUGCACAGUUCUUUAAAAUCUAGAAAUGAUGUGCUUUCCAGUAGGAACACAAAGAAGUGCGGACAGUGUGUCGAUUUGUGGUAUUUUAACUUCACCGAAGAGGAGUGAAAACUGUGGUUGGUUCUGUUGUUUUUUUUUUUAACCUCGUCUCUGUUCUUGCCGGUUUGCUAUUUGACUUCUCUCAAGUGUUUUUUAGACUAAAACUGAUUGGUCUUUGUGAUUUUGUUCUGCUUUUCACAAAUGUUGUUUUGUAUAUUUUGUACUGAAUCUUGUUGGAUACACGUAAGGUUUUUGACCUUUUUAGGAUGUAUGCUUUUCUUUACGAAAAUGCCUAUAAUAGUGCCAAAAAAGUAAAAACAAACUUGCUUAUUUAAA